UGGUAGCCAGAGUCGCGAGACAAUGGGGGGGGUGAAGAGAGAGAGAAGAGUGCGAGAUCGGAAGUAGUUGGGUCUCAUAUCCGGACUUCGGUCGCUGCGACUUAUCUGGGGCCUAGCGACAACAUGGCGGACUUGUCUCUGGACGAGCUGAUCAGAAAACGCGGCGUUAAUGUGAAUACGAAGGGGAGGUUGAACACAAGGCCAUUAUUCAGUGGUCGACCUCGAAUUGGAGUCCAACAAACUUUUCUAAGCAGACCAGCGCCAAAUGUUGGUUUCCAGAGGACAUUUGAUGCACGUCAAAAGAUUGGCCUUACUGACGCCCGUCACAAAAUUGGUGUGAAAGAUGCCCGGGAGAAACUGCUUCAGAAAGAUGCCAGGUUUAAAAUCAAAGGAAAAGUGCAAGAUGCCCGGGAAAUGCUGAAUUCCCGAAAGCAGCAGAGUGUUGAGAAGGUGACCAAAGUUGUUGAUGCCAGAGAGAAGAUCAGUCUGAAAAGGAGUGCUCCUAGUGCAGCCAUUGUGAAAACUGCUGUAGAAACAGCGGCCCCUGCCAUGAAGAUCACAAAAACAAUUCAACAGAAGGCUGCAACUCCAUUACACGCUCAUCCUGCGUGCAUGAAGGUCAACAUUGUGAACAAUCACACAAGCAAACAGUGUACAUAUGAUAUGGAAGAUGAUGAUGAAACUUUAUCUCCCCUUCCUAAUAAGCAGAUGAAAAUCACCACCACAAACAGCUUUCUGCACAGUGCGGCUGGACUUGGUGGCAACAAGUUCUCUCUGUCAAAGACAGUUCCCCUCACAAAGGUUGUCCAGAAUGAUGCCUAUACAGCCCCUGCAGCUCCACCUUCCCCCAUCAGGACAAAGGCCCUGACAAAUAUGUCCCGAACCUUGGUGACCAAGGAAGAACCCCCUAAAGAAGAACCACCAGUUGAGCCGGUGUUCAGCCCAUUAGAAGGUACUAAGAUGACUGUGAAUAAUUUGCACCCUCGAGUCACAGAAGAGGAUAUUGUUGAGUUGUUCUGUGUGUGUGGCGCCUUGAAGCGAGCCCGUCUAGUGCAACCUGGGAUGGCUGAAGUGGUAUUUGUGAAAAAGGAAGAUGCCAUUACUGCAUAUAAGAAAUAUAACAACAGAUGCUUGGAUGGCCAGCCAAUGAAAUGCAACCUUCAUAUGAAUGGAAAUAUCAUCACAUCAGAUCAACCUAUCUUGCUUCGAUUGAGUGACACCCCCUCAGUGAAGAAGGAAGGUGAACCACGUCGGACAAGUGCAGGAGCCUCCUCAAAUCCUCCAGCUGAAGUGGAUCCUGAUACCAUCUUAAAAGCACUCUUCAAAUCCUCAGGGACCUCCGCCUCUGUGCAGCCUACAGAGUUCAAAAUCAAACUUUGAGGAGUGGCAGGCGAGGAGCGGACUGGAAAACUUGUUGAGCGUGGGAAAUGGGGAGACAAGUGUGGAAACACAAUUAUUGUUGUGUUUGACCAUGCUGAAACCUUUGUUUUUCUACAGUUGCUACCUUCCUGUACAGUAGUGUUCUCCUUAGUGUAUGUGUUCUGUUUUUAUAGUUGGAGUUUUUGUCCACAUAUUUCUAAUGGAAUAAUCUUCCCUUCCUCCAGUGAGAUAUAUAUCGCCAAGCUUAGACCAUUUAACUCUUUUUUUUCUUUGUGUUAACCACCCCACCUGUAUCCAGCCAGUAACAGUGCAGCUAACAAAGGGUGUGAGAAGCACUUAUUUGGCACUUGCACCCUUUGAGUAAGAGAUGGCUUUUUACUGAUGAAAAACUACACUUCAUUUUCAAUGCAGCUGUAGGUGAGGCCAGAUUAAUACUCUACUCCCAUGCAUUUGACAACAUUUUUAGCUGUUCUCCAUUUGUAAAAUUAGCCGUGGAGGAGCAGCAAAUGUUCUGUCCAUGAGACAACUGAUGAAAGGAACUGUGAAGGCAAUGGGAGUAUGUAUAGGUACAGGAAUACAGCAUGUUCUACACUUCAUCUUCUUCCUUUGUCAUGGUGAUAAUCUGCAACUGCACUGAGAGGAGCAUGCCCUGGCGUUGUGUGAACUUCAGUCCAAGAUGUCUCACAGAUGCUCUGUUUUCAUGAGAAUGCAUGGGCUUUCUUUGGGCAACAGUAAAAUAAUUAUCUUCACUCUGUAUCAUCUACAUUAUGUUCUUGCUAUGAAAUUGUGUAUUAGGAGAGAGGAAAGUGUUUCUUCUGGUUUUAACAAUCAUUUCUCUUCCCUGGUAUCUUACAAGCACUGCAGUGAAUCAGAGUCCUCAUUGUGUCAGCCCUGACAGAAUCUGAUUCACAGCUAUGUUUUGCAGCAUCUGGACCUGGCUUGGAGGCAGCGUCACCAGAACAAAAUUCAGCGAUAGGCCCAUUGGAACUAUUUCAACAGGACUUCCGUUCUUAUUUUACACAACCUUCUCUUAUUCCCCCAAUAAGGGUUGCUUAUCCUAUCUGGAGAUGGACGCACACCAGCCUCUCCUACCUUUAAUGAAUUAUCAAUUGUAAUAAUUGCACCUUCAGUGCUCCACUCCAUUGAGACACAACUGCUGUACAGUGCUAUUGAUUAUUUGUACUGGGGAAGGGUGAGUAUCCCUUGUAAUUGGUAUACAGAGGGGCAUUUACGCACUUGUUUGUCAUGGAACAGGGAUGAGGGAAGGAAAGUGGAAGGAGUUACCUGUAGAGAAACAAGGAGAAUGUACUUUUUGUCUGUGGUUCUCCGACAUGCCAAUUUUUGCUAAGACAAAAACACUUCCUUUUUCUAGCACCUCAUUUAGUCCAGUGAAAAUGGAAAACUGACAAAGGCUCAAGUAUAGUUGUAUUGGUUUUAUACUAGAUCAAGACACAGAUACCUCCAAACUCUGGUUGGGGGCUUGCAUUUUUAUAUGUUCAGCUACAAGAUACAAACAUUCCUGUUCAACUGUGCUAAAACCAUGUAGUGUAUAUAUCUGCUUAUUUCAAUGGUAGAAUCUGCUGCUCUGUGGAUUCUACGUUCCUUUUGGUCUUCAUUCUGUGCAGUUUCUUUGUUUCAUCGACAGGUACACGCUAGUUAGGUCACACUCAUCCUUCACAACAUGGAAGGUUUGUCCCAAUGGGAUUUGCUAAUCUGGAUUACUAAUUUUGGACUGAUCAUAACUUCGCCCUCACUGGGAAACUACAAAUACUAUUUUGUGCAGAACUGCUAUUCUCUGUGUCUGUGUUUCAUUAGCAGUGGUGGUUACAGGGGAAGGGAAGGUUGGGGCUGGAGGACACUAUGUACUAUGUUUCUGAAUAAACGUUUGUUAUACAGA